AUGGAAUCGAGAGACAAGACCGUCGAGAAUCCUAACAGUGCUAGGCCUACCUCCAUCGUGACAACUUGGCACAAGGCGCCCUCAGGUGGCAAUCUUGCUCGGCUAGGAUCUCCUUCUCCCACGUCCGACGGCAUGAGCACAUAUUUAAGGGCAGCGACUGCAUCACGAAUUUGUAUAACUGCAGUUCCAGGUACCCCCCAUCGCGUCCAUGGGGUCUUUCACUGCAGGGAUGUGCCUCUAGGAUACCCGUCGUCCUUACCUCGAGGCGUUGCAACCACGGUUGAUCAGACCAAGAACAACAACGAUCCCAACCUAGGCAAGCGGGGUGAGCAUGUCAAGGCUGGGAAAAGUGCAACGUCGAGCGAAGGCAGAGGACACCCAGCGAAGCAGCCAGAUCCGCAGGAGCCUCCAAAACGGUCUUCGGGCUUUGAAACUCAAGGUCCUGAUGGCAAAUCUGGCGAAGGAGAAGACACUGGUGGUGUGCAUAAAGAGAAGAAACCAGAGUUGACAUGA